CAGUUGUUUAGCCUGACAGUGCAGUGAAUGAGAAGAGAGUGAGGGAGAAAGGGAGACAGACUUUCUCUCUGUGUAUGAAUUACCGAGAAAGCAGCAGAAAAUAAUAUCAUCUUUUACAGGACUGGGUUUUUCUAUUGGAUUACAAACAAGAAGAGAGAUUUCCACAGAACACACAUACAAGGGUAGAAAUGAAGCUUCUAGCGGCCAUAGCAGUGGUGCUCCUCCUGGUGGUGGCGGAGAGCAUGGUGGCCAGAGGCGCAUCCAGGAGGACCAAGAGGGAACUGAUGAGCCCGCUGCACAUGGGGGGAAUCAGGGACCCGUUUGGGUCGUACUGCGAGCAGCGGGGUGGCUGCUGCCCGGGUCGUGAGGAUCAGUGUACGGUGCCCUACCUGGACACCAUCUGUUACUGUGACCUGUUCUGUAACCGCACCGUCUCCGACUGCUGCCCUGACUUCUGGGGCCACUGUCUGGGCAUCUCACCCCCUUUCAUUGGCACCUGUGAAAGAAACAGCCACAAAUUCCUCUCAGGACAAACAUACAAAGAGAACUGCAACUUAUGUACAUGUGGAACAACUGGGCGUUGGGAGUGUGAGCAGCAUGCCUGUCUGAUAGAGAAUGACAUGAUCCAGGCUGUCAACAGAGGAAAUUAUGGCUGGCGGGCAGCAAACUACAGCCAGUUCUAUGGCAUGUCUCUGGAUGAAGGCCUGAGAUAUCGCCUGGGGACACAGAGGCCCUCCAGGACUAUCAUGAGCAUGAACGAGAUGCAGCUGAAUAUGGACCCUCAGAAUGAUCGUCUGCCUCAGUACUUCAACGCAGCAGAGAAGUGGCCUGGAAAGAUCCACGAACCUCUGGACCAGGGCAACUGCGCUGCCUCCUGGGCCUUCUCCACUGCAGCGGUGGCAUCUGAUCGAAUCUCCAUCCAGUCGAUGGGUCACAUGACCCCUCAACUGUCGCCCCAGAACCUAAUUUCCUGUGAUACACGCAACCAAGGGGGCUGUGCUGGAGGACGUAUCGACGGAGCCUGGUGGUACAUGAGGCGCAUAGGUGUGGUGACAGAAGAGUGCUACCCGUUCUCUGCCCCCCAUCAGACACCAGCAGAGGUGGGCCGCUGUAUGAUGCAGAGUCGCUCUGUGGGCCGUGGAAAGAGACAGGCUACUGCACGCUGCCCCAGCACACACACCUACCACAAUGACAUCUACCAGUCUACACCUCCCUACAGGCUCUCAUCAAACGAGAAGGAGAUCAUGAAGGAGAUUAUGGAUAACGGCCCAGUGCAAGCCAUCCUGGAGGUCCAUGAGGACUUCUUCGUCUAUAAGAGUGGAAUCUACAAACACACAGACGUCAGCUUCACCAAACCACCACACUACCGCAAACACAACACACACUCCGUCAGAAUCACAGGGUGGGGAGAGGAGAGGAACUAUGAUGGGACAACAAAGAAGUUCUGGCUUGACUUUUCCAGAUCGCUGCCAACUCGUGGGGGAAGAACUGGGGGGAGAAUGGCUACUUCCGUAUCGCUCGCGGUGAGAACGAGUGUGAGAUCGAGGCGUUCGUGAUUGGCGCGUGGGGUAGGGUCACUAUGGAAGACAUGCAGAGCCACCAUCACCGCCGACGCAAGUAGAGACAUACACUCCAGGAACCAAGCACCCUCUGCCCCUACCCUGAGGGAGCAACUCAACUAGCCCCAGAGUGCCUACCCUUCAGCCCAUCUCUCUUCCCCUCCCUACCCUGAGGGAGCAACUCAACUAGCCCCAGAGUGCCUACCCUUCAUCCCAUACCCUCUUCCCCUCCCUACCCUGGGGGAGCAACCCAACCAGCCCCUGAGACCCUGCUCUUACUCCCUUCUCCCACGCUAAACUUUGGGGGAAAACUCAACCAGUUCCCACUCUGACCUUUGGGGGAACCAGCAACAACUGCCCUAAGAACUCCAACUCUUAACCCCUUACCCCCUUGCACCCAUAUCCCCUUACGGCAGCCUAGGGGUUUUGAAACCCCAACCGCCCCCCAACCCAACUCAAAGUUGAUGGCACCAAAACAGGCUCCAGGCCUGCAGGCUGAGAGAGGCUUCUCCAUACAGCCUCCUCUGGCUUCAGGACACAGCAAUAAGCACCUCAGGACUCAUUAUUCCAAAGACCAUCCUUCCCAGACUCCUCGGCUUCGGCCUGGCAUAGACUGUCUAGUUCCUACUUCUGUUCUUAAGUCUUCACUUCCACUGCUAUAAUGAUGAAAGAACUGUCUUAAUCUGAACUCUCUCACUCUCCUAUUUCUCAUUGUGUAGCUCUUCAUUUGGCUGCCAUGACAGGUGGCUAUCCAUUUGGCUGCCAUGACAGGUGGCUAUCUAUCUCUGGUCUUGGUUAACCCUCUCUGUGUUUCUCUGUUGUUGUGUAUUUUGAAAGCCAACCCCUUAGGGACAGAUUGGGAUGGAGAGAACCAGAGAGAUAGAGGGGUAGAUGAUACAGGCACCAGACUGGGCAGUUCCCACAACAAGAGACGAGAGAAACUAACAAUCUACUACAGUUUAGUUUACUGUUAUCACUAACUCUGUCUAGCUACUUACGUCGCUGAAUAAUGUAUUUCUAUUACUGUCAGCAGAUCUAGUGCAGUUGCAGUAGCCACGCAUAUCUUCACAUGUUCCAAAAAUGCAGAAUCUUACACUGGAAAGGGUGUUGGGCUAGAAGCUUGGUGGUAGGUGGGGUUGAGGGUUUAGUGAGCUGUCCGUUUGACCAAUAAUUAAUUUCCCUCAUUUACCAAAAAUUGCUGUUUUCUUUUUAGGUUAAUUGCAUUGAAUGCACAGUACAGUAUUGCAUUUCAGCAAGCUCUGGAAGUGAAACUCAAUGCCAAAUUUCUCUUGAGGUUUCAGUACCACAUAAUCUAUCGGUUUAUGGAAGAGAUGGUGUCAAUCUUCCAAUGAUAUCAAAUCAACUUCAAUCUCAUGACAGCUCUAAACUGAAACUAACUGCUUGAACACAACUUUUCAUUAGAAAUAAUAUUAGUGUAUCAGCCGUUUAUAAAUCUCCCUUAUUACUAUUUAUACAGUAUGUAUAAAAGCAGAGAUGAAGCAUGUAUAAUAUGUGUAGAUGUGAUUUGUAGCAAGCGCAGAGCUUAAAAAAACAGCCUUUGAAAAACACAUUCCAUUUAUUAAAUCAACUGGUUGAUAAAAACAUAUCUUGGAAAAAUAUGAGAUUGAUUGAAAUAACAGUGUUGUCCUUUUGGUUUGAAGAAGGUGAAAUGGUCACCACCAGAUGAAGCCAGAGGAAGAGAGACACUUGACUCCCUCAUUUGUUUCUGAUCGGGGUAGAGCCACUCUGGGCUACUUAUUGGCCCGUCUCACUUUUUCUGGUUGGGUGGGUGGGACGAGCAAUAGUGGACACUAAGUAGACCAGAGCCAGCUCUUCCCUCGCUCAGUUGAGCAUGCCAGACAUUAUGGAGAAGCUGUGAGCUCACACAGGAAAGCAUAUUCACGCAAGAGAGGGAACCGUGACAAUUUUUUUUCAAUGGUAAACAGCCUGAGGAAACCAUCUUAGUUAUCCACUAUCUUUGAUGAUGCUUCAACAUGACAACCUUAUGGGUUAUCAAAUGCCUUAAUGAAAUAUAUGCUUUUUUUUUUUUAGGUCCUCUGGUUGAAAGAUUAGACCCAUUGUGUAUUAUAGUCUUAAUCUAUUUCAUUCUGUGUAUUUACAUGUUAUUCAUUUAGAAGACGCUCUUAUCCAGAGCAACUUAUAGGAGCAAUUAGGGUUAGGUGCCUUGCUCAAGGGCACACCGGCAGAUUUUUCACGUCGGGGAUUCGAACCGGCAGCCUUUCGGGUCACUGCCCAAUGCUCUUAACCACUAGGCCUCCUGUACACAGUGUUAUGGUUAUGCUGAAAAUAUUCUUAUUGUUGCUGUUGUGUAUUAGUUGCUUUGAGAGAUGUGUUUGUCUCGCACACAAACUCCCCCCUCCCCUGACCAGUUGCUUUAAAGCAGGGGUGUCAAACCCAUUCCAUAAGAGGCCAUACUGUCUGCUGGUUUUUGUUUUUGUCUUUCAAUAAAGACCUAGAUGACCAGGUGAGGGGAGCUCCUUACUAAUUAGUGAACUUAAUUAAUCAAUCAAGUACAAGGGAGGAGCUUUAAAGGGUGCUCAAGAGGUGCAUAUUCUUCUUUUGCAAGGUGAACACACACAAAUCAAAAGGUGAGGAGGAGGUCGCGCUCAGCUGCCAAAGUCUGUUCAGUGCUGUUUCAUUGUAGUAUUUUUGUCAGUUUGAUGGUAUUAGCCUAACACAACAUGCCACUAACACUUCAGUAUUUAGCAAUAGGCAUGUGUAGGCAUAUACAACAGACUCAUUGUGAUGUUUCAAAGGUUGUGCGUCUCCCCAAAACUUUUAAGUAGGUAGCUCAAGCCUCAACUGAAGCCAGUGAACACACAGGUUCUGAUAUACUGAUUUAACUUGAUAUAACUACCUUAUGUAAUGUUGCCCUAGGUGCUCUUUUUUUAUACUGUCUCUAAUUUUGGCAAUUUUGUUCAAAUUUGAAAUAUAGUUUUGUCAUUAGUUUUCAAUGUAUCAGUUUCCAGAGGCGCCAACUGUCCUUUGAGACCACAUCAUAUACAGUCUCACUCCACAAUAAACUACAUGGCUUCCUAGAAGUGAUGUAUUUUCAACUGUGCCACCGUUCCUAUAUGGCUUAGUUGUUACAUUGUUACUGUAACUCAGCCAAGGCUCCUAUAAGCCUACACCAUUUCAUACAUUUCAAGUAGGCCUUUAGUUUUAAACCCCCAUUACAACCAUCACCUCUGAGAAAAGGACAGAGACGCAAGAAAACAGACAUGUGUGGAUGGACAAGCAAUGUUCAAUGUGGAGGAAGGUUAGGCUAUAGGAGUAGGGCAGACAUAGCCGCAUGUUAUGUGAACCAUGCGGUCUACAGAAUAUUUACUUUCACUUCAAACGGAGCGAGAGAGGAUGAGUAUGAUCAAAUGGGGGGAUGGUGAGGUGCAUCAUGGGUUCACGAGGCAUGACAGUGCAGAAAGAAUGGAGGUGGGGGUUGAGGGGGGGACUGGGGAGGGAGUCAACAGAGCUGAAAACGGAUACGAUGACAUCGUGUUGUUUAGAAAAGAGUACAACAGAAAACUUUAGCACUAUUUAGGGCUUUGUUAAGCCAGUAUCGUUGAAGCGUUAUAGAACGCGCCGUUUUCUGCAAUAUGUAUUGAAUAGAGCCCUUGUGUUUUUCACUUGCCUUUUAAUCCUUUAUAGGUUCUAACCCCUGAGGCUUCAAUAGUCACAUGAUGGACGGACUCAUGCCAAACAUAGCCACAGUUCACAGGAGGUUGGUGGCAACUUAGUUGGGGAGUACGGGCUUGUGGUAAUGACUGAAGCGGAAUCAGAUGAAUGGUAUUAAAUACAAACACAUGGUUUCCAAGUGUUUGAUGCCAUUCUAUUUGCGCCGUUCCUGCCAUUAUUAUGAGCCGCUCUCCCCUCAGCAGCCUCCACUGCCAUAGCUAUGCAACAAAUCAACAAGCGAAAGCUGAUGUGCAACAUCAUUUAGUUUUUUGGUAGACAUUACAUAAUUUUCUUGUGUUCAUAAAAUGUCACCCUUUUUGGUUUAAUAAAAACAAAUCAAUUGUUAAAAUUGCGUGAGUUCUAAAAGCAAUACGAAAGGAAUCUGCUAAUGCGUUGCUAGGCGAUAAAGAAGGCUACAUGUCAUUUCUUACAUUUUGCAAAAUAUUAACAAGUAGAAUUGGGAGGUGUUUCCGCAUUAUUAAUUUAUUCUAGAUUUUACAUUACCGUUAUAAGCUACCAUAACUGUUCAUAGACCUAGUAGUUUAUUGGUGCAAGUCAAAUCAGUUUUAUCCUUUAAAAUAAUGUUAUAGUACUAUCCCAUUAGUCUGAGAUACAGCCCCUAGCCAAUGAAAAACCCCAGGGCUCUGUCCUAAAUGAUACCCUAUUCCAUAUACAGUAGUGCACUACUUUGACCAGUGUCCUGGGACACAGCUAGGCCUAUUGUAUAAGGUUAUUGUCAAUCUGUUGUCUAAUCAGAUGGAUCCUCAUUCCCAUGCAGUCAUCCAGAUAGUUAUGUCCUUAUAGGGAUAAACCAGUGAUAGACAGAUAAGCCUGUCUGGAUCAAUGGGAUGAGAGGAGAAGGCGAUUGGAUCCAAGUCAUGCGGAGGAAAGGAAUUUGGCCAAAGCUGGAUCCAAGUUGGUCUGACUGUUCUUUUUGAGUUUGAGUGAAUCCUGAGUGUGAUUCACUGGGUUCCAUCUUUAGUCUGCCCAUUCAAGGUGCCAAGAUCUGUAGAAGACACUCUCCAGUUGACAAACAAUGAGAUUUUUGUCUGUCAGUCUUAGAAAACUAUUUGGAUGGUAUUCAGGGGUUAAAGUUACUCUGACAUUAGAGCCAAUCACUCCCUCAACCAAACAUGUAUUUUAUACUAUAGGACUCCUUCAAAACCACAGAACCCCAGUCAGAAGUUGUGUAUUCAAAGUCAAAGACCCACUUCAUAUUCAUUGAUACAUAGACUUUAUUUAUGACAAGAUGUAUAAAUGAUAUAUUUUAUUUUCUGUGCAAUGUUUAUUAUUAUUAUGAUCUGUCUCUUGUAUUGUGUGCACUAAAUGAAACCCCCCCCCCAUAGUUUUUACCUGUGUGGCACAAUAAAGUCUCUUAAAACAAC